AUGAAAUAAAUAGUUUAAUCUGCAAGACUUCCUUCGUCUCCAAUUUUCCAUAGAAAAAAGCCUACUGAGCUCCAGAAUCCAUUAGAACAUUUAGUCAGAGUACAAUCACCUUGCGGAAGUACAACAAAUAAUGCAUUUGGAAGAUGUCCCACAGUGAAGACUUUGAAUAGUGAUAGAGAUCCUGUUGAGAUUACUAUAACAUUAAUGGUGGAUGGUUAGAAGUAAAAGGAAUGAAUGAAAAUAGAUUGAUUGUACCAAUUGGAAUAAAUCAAAGCACCACAGAUUUAUAUAAGAAAUUAAUAGCGAAAGUGAAUCAAGUAAGCCCUGCAAUAGUGCAUUAAAUUAAACAUUUUUAAACUCAUAGUAGCGUUAAGAAUUACAAUAUCGAUUACUAUUUAUCACUAGAGCAUCACCCGUUAGAUGUAUUCAAAGAAUAAAGACAUUUGAAAUUAGAACCAUUUAUUUCAAAAACUGUUAAUACUUAAUUAAGCAUCGAUGAUUUCGAAAUACUUAAAUGCAUUGGAGUAGGGUAAUCAUUCAAUAAUGAUGUGUUUAGUGGAUUCUCCCGUGUUUAUUUAGUUAGAAAGAGAGACAGCGGGUAUUUUUAUGCGAUGAAACUGAUUGAUAAGAAUUUCAUUUUGAAUUCAAAUAAAGAGAUUAUUAUUAAUAAUGAGAGAUAGGUGAUGGAGUAAUUGAAUUCUCCCUAUUUAGCCAAACUAUUCUACUCUUUUGAAACCAAGUAUUAUUUAGUCUUUGUUUUGGAGUAAAUUUACUAUUAAUAUUAUAUAGAUAUUGCGCAGGAGGAGAAUUGUUUUAUCAUUUACGAAAACUGAGAAGAUUGAAUGAGGAAUUAGCUAAACAGUAUUUUGUAUAGGUCUGUUUGGCAAUCCAAGAAUUACAUCAAUAUGGAGUUGUUUAUAGAGACAUCAAACCUGAAAAUAUCCUAUUAGAUUUGGAUGGGUACAUUCGUCUAUCUGAUUUUGGACUGGCAAAACCUAAUAUGGCCAGAGAAGAAACAGCCUUUUCCUUUUGUGGUUCUCCAGAAUAUAUGUCACCUGAAAUGCUAAUGAGAAAUGGCCAUAACUUCAUGGUUGACAUCUACUGUCUGGGAGCAUUGUUAUAUGAAUUUAUAUGUGGAUCUCCUCCCUUCUAUAGUAGGAACAUUGAGUAGAUUUACAAUAGCAUCUUGAAUGAUAGAAUAUCAUUCCCUCCUUAAUUGCAAAUUCAUUCAGAUCUUAAGGAUUUGAUUUCUAAAUUAUUAAUCAAAGAUCCUUAGCUCCGUCUAGGGUCUAAAAAUGGAAUUAAAGAGAUCCUCUAACACAGAUGGUUUAAGGGAUUCGAUAUAGAAGCCUUGGCUAAAAGAAGGUUGAACAUCAGAUAUCGUCCUAAGCCAUUAAGUUAUAAUUUCGAUGAAAUUGAAUUUAGUAAGGGAGAUUUGGAAUUUUAAAAAAAACUCUAAGAAAAUUUGAAGAAGGAAAAACAAGUAAUCAAUUGUUUAACAGCUAGGGUAAAUUUAGUAGAUAUUUUCUGAAUUUUGAGUACACAAAUUAGAACAUUCGUGAUAGCAGGGAGGCUAUUCUAUAGCUCAUGUUAAAGCAAUAGCAGAUUCAAGGAUAGUAAGGAUUGCCAAAGCCAUAGUAAAGAACUUAGGUUGCCUUAUCUCCACUUUCAAUGGUCAAAGGAGUAUCAAACAUUAAGGCUUUGACUUAGAGUUCCUUCAAAUAGGCAUCAUAAUGCAAACGCUUUAAUACUGACAUCGAUAUAAGCAAGAUAAUUAAGAAUAUGUGA